AUGAUUCUGAGAAAGAAACUGAGUUGUUUAUGGACCUUAGGUAUCUGUCUGGUAGCCAGUAAAUCGCCUCCCAAUGUCCCCUCCAUCACAGAUCAGACGUUUAUAGACGAGUGCGCCAAAGCUCACAACGAAGCGCGUGGCAGAGUCCAGCCCACCGCAGCCAACAUGAAACACAUGACUUGGGAUGAAGGUUUAGCGAAGACUGCUAAAGCAUGGGCAAACAAGUGCACAUUCGGACACAACCCCUGUUUACCACUAGCACUUCAGUGCCAUCCAACUUUUCAGUUUGUUGGAGAAAAUAUAUGGUUAGGUGCAUUAACCAUAUUUACACCAAAAUCUGCUGUUGACUUGUGGUAUAAUGAAACUAAAUUUUAUGAUUUUAAUCGUCUAUCGUGUUCCAAAGUUUGUGGCCAUUAUACACAGGUAGUUUGGGCCAAUUCAUAUAAAGUUGGUUGUGGAAUUACAGUUUGUCCUAAACUUGGGGGACCUGACACUACAUUAUUUGUAUGUGACUAUGGACCUGCAGGAAAUUAUGCAAAUAUGCCCCCUUACACUAAUGGAACACCCUGCUCUCUAUGUGAAAAAGGAGAUACUUGCCUAAAGCAACUCUGCCAAAAUGAAGAACGUGAUAAACUUCAAACAUAUCCAAAUUGGAGUCCACCAGGGAUAGCCACUCAGCUGAUUGCAUGUAAUCUAUUGUACCUAAUUUCUGUUCUUCUGAGAAUGUUUUAAUUUUCAUUUAUGUACAAGGGAAAUUCUCAGACCUGACAACAAAGGAAUAGUUUAUGGUUAACUGUAACUCUUAUCUGUUUAAUUAUUAAUACUAAACUCAUAUCUGUUAUUUAAAUUUAAUGUCCGUUUUUAAUUCAAAAGAUAUACUGUAGUAUAGAAGAAGGGUAGCAGUAAAAAAACAAAACAAAACAAAACUUAAGGUGAUUUAAAAAAAUUUUACCUGUAUCAAAAAAGUCCCAUUCUCUAAUAUUCUAGAGCAUCAAUUUAGUUAGAAUAGACUUAAAGAAUUAAACAUUUCAUGUAUUAGGUAUUUUCUUUAUAUGCCAGUAAAUCCCUUUAAGAAUUCCAUCAACAUUAUUCAGAAACAAAAUGUUAUUAAGUUUCAAAUAGCAUAUAAUGUUAUAUUAUGGUAAUAGUCAAUAGUUGAGGAAAUGGAUGAGAACAGAUUAAACUCAAAAAGGGAAAUCAAUUAAAUUUUAAACCUUUGAAAGGUAAAUGUGUGUUCUGAAAAUUAAAAUCACACUCCUUUAGGAUUAAGAGGUUUUAAUCUCUUUUAGGAGAUUUUAUUUUAACAUGUACCCUGUAUAAAAUAACAGGCUGCAUGUAUACCUUUUAAAAUCCUGUAUAAAAUUAUCUAUAGUAUAGUUAACAACAUCUCUACAAAGCAAAGAACUGGUGAAUUCUUGCAUUUAUUUUGGCUGAAGACAAAAAAAAAGUUAUUCAGUUAAUUCAGUUUUUAAUAUCAUUUGCAUUGAAUUGUUGACACCUGUGGACUACAUUAUCCAGAUCUUUUUCUUCUCAACUAAAGCAACCACCAACUUUCCUCAGCUAUAAGUAUUAAAAAUUAUAAUAUUUUUAUGAUGCAAAUGUAUUUUUACAUGAUUUUAAAAUGUAAAUGUAUUUUAAAUGUAUUUUUAACAUGACUGAGAGUUACUUUGUAUAUAUUGCCAAAUAUAUAGGAAUUUCCACAUAGUGGAGUGACUGAUGUUAUUUUUAAGAGAGAAGCCAAGUAACUUUAUAUUUCAAAUCUGCUUGCAUUACUCAA